AUGCAGAGCGCACGUCCCGCUGGCAAUGGCCAGCCCCCAGUCAAGAUAUACAACGCGGUCUACUCCUCAGUCCAGGUAUACGAAUGCAUGAUAAGAGGGAUCGCAGUCAUGCGCCGCCGCGCUGAUUCCUACGUGAACGCGACUCAAAUCCUGAAAGUCGCGGGCGUCGACAAAGGGCGUCGAACCAAGAUUCUCGAGAAGGAAAUCCUUCCAGGGACGCACGAGAUUGUGCAGGGAGGGUAUGGGAAGUAUCAAGGGACCUGGAUCCCCCUUGACCGAGGCCGUAGCAUCGCUGCCCAGUAUGGAGUAGCUCCUCUGCUAGCUCCCCUCUUCGACUUUACGCCGAGCACGAACUCUCUCGCGCCUCUUCCUGCGGUUACAUGCCCCCGAUGCCAUCGUCGCUCGCGCCCCCCACCGAUCAUGCCAGGUUCUGCUCUGCGCUUGCUCAACCAGGGACGCGCUCAGGGACUGUUUACCCCCUCGACCUCUGGCAUGUCUCCUAGCAUGGGUCGCCCCGGGUCGGGGUUCAACUCGCCGAUUCCGUACUCCUCAAGCUUCACAGCAGGGCAGUCCCCCUUCUCUGCUUCGUCGCAGACGCCUCCACCUGCCCAGUCGCUAAAGCGACACCGCUCAGAGGCUGAUGUGGAUGGGUCAGUUACCCCUACGCAGCCGCCUAUGUCUUCAUCUCAGCCGCUACCCCUCGACGCGCCUAUCGACAUACAAAUGUCGGAUGCGCGAACCGAGCCGGAUGACGGACCAUCUCCUAACAAGCGGGCUCGCAAGGAGCCUUCUCCCGCGCAUACGAAUGGCGUCGUCCCGUCGCGUCCGGAAUCUACGGCGCCCGCGAGCACGAAAGCUUCUUCGCCGCAACCACCUCCAGGACGCCACCCUCGCCUUGCAUCUCCGCCGGUACUCCCUCAAGCUUAUGACCCUACUUUACCGCUGAAGGGUACGCGCCAGCACACAGCCAUCGCGCGCAUCUGCCAGCUCGACGACCCCGGCCCUGUUCUCGAGGUACUGCGCGAGCUCUCGCCAGCAGCACCCGGGGGCAGCCCCGCGCGCUUUGAACCCGACGUCAUCCUAGACGAGAGAGGUCACAAUGCGCUGCACAUCGCCUCUGCGCUCGUGCAUACGCAGACGAUACGUGCGUUGCUUGACGCGGGUGCGGAUGUGCACCGGGGCAACCACCUCGGCGAAACGCCCCUGAUUCGUGCAUGUCUGUCGACGCAAGCGUACGACGGCGCCUCGAUGGACAAGCUGCUUGAGCUCCUCCAUCCCUCCAUACGCACGCUGGACACGUCUCGCAAGAGCGUGUUACACCACAUUGUCGCGCUUGCUGGCGUGGUCGGCCGCUCCCCCCAUGCGCGCUACUAUCUCGACGCGCUCUUCACGUGGAUCGCGAAGCGGGAGGACGGCGAUUACAAGAGCUUUCUUGACCUACAGGACGAGCACGGAGACACGGCGCUGAAUAUCGCCGCACGAGUGGGCAAUCGCAGCCUUGUGCGUACGCUGCUGGAUGUUGGCGCGAAUCGGACGUUGCCAAAUAAGCUUGGUCUGCGUCCGGGCGACUUUGGCAUAGAGACAGAGGAGCUUUCGGUUGGCAAGUCGGAAGAUAUAUUAGCGGGUCUGCGUGCUGGGCCGCCAGUGCCCGUGCAGAAAGCUCAGGACGUCAUUGCAGAUAUGACCGCGAUGAUCCAGGCAUUGAGUGCAGAUUUCCAGGUGGAAAUCAAGGCGAAGCAAGACUCGCUCGACCUGACGCAAGCACACCUACGCGCUGGCACCCGCUCUCUCGCUGAGCAGCGAAAGACGAUUGCGGCGACGCAGGCUCGCUGUGCAGAGCGCGAGCAUAUUGCUGCGAAGGUGCGCAGCGUGCAGCGCGCGUUUGUCGAUGAGGACGGCUUCGACUGGACCGGGCGGGACACGGACCCACCAGAAGAAGGCAGCAACGCGAUGGACGUCGACUCUUCAGCGAAAGGAAAGGAGAAGGAGACGAAGAGCGUUGUGAGCUCUGCCUUCAUCUACCGAGGGCGGACGGCGUCGAUUGCGGGGCUUCCCGCGCCUGCGCAUCCUGCGGAGUUCGACGCGGACCCGCCGUUGCCAGCGGAGAACAGCGCGGCUGCGCUGGUGCGUAUGCGACGCAUGCGAAUGUGGCACGAGCGGAUGGAGGGGGUUAUUCAAGCGCGAAUGGACAAGUUGAAGGGCGCGGGGGCUGAGAAGGAGGUGCUAUGUCGGCGGAUUGUGGCACUCUGUACUGGAACGCCGGUGGAGGAGGUUGAAGAGCGAUUGGGCGAUCUCCUCAUUGCGCUGGAGAGCGAGUCGCAGGUGAUAGAUGUGGCGCGCGUGUCCGGCUUCUUGCAGAAGGUGCGGGAUGGGCAAGUGGGAUGA